UGGCAGCGACAGUCGGCGAGGAACGCUCGCGGUGUUCGUUUCGUGAAUUUUUCGUGGUUUGGAUAGAUUUGAACGUUGACAUUCGUACGUCGCGUCGACAGUCGCCGCGUCGUUCUUUUUCGCCCGUCGCGCUUAGCGUGGGCCUGUAUUUCUUCUUUUUUUAUUUCCCGUCUCUCACUCUCUCUCUCUCUCUUUCUCUGUACUUUCAACCUUUUCCUUCCCUUUUAUUCACUCCCCCUCCACCCCGCCCGGGGCUUUUAUCCGACGGAGGUGUGUUUCUGUCGUUCCUCCUCACAGCUUUUCGUCGGCAAGUUCGCGUCGGUUUACGUUUUACUCGAUUCGCGGACGCGAAUCUUGUGUCGUUGCUGCCGAUUGUCGACAUCGAGUGAAUUCGGGUGCAAUCUCAACGGGCCGCACUCGUACGCAUCGACGAUUGUUGUCAGAAAGUGCGUGGCGGAUACGCGUCGGUGGUUUUUUUUUUUUUCUUUCUUUUAACUGUUAUUCGUGAAAAAAAAAUUCAAUUUGUUGUAAACGUUUCUCGUUGUUAUCGCUAUCCUUGACGAUGCUAAUAACGCGCGCGGUGUUCGGAUUCAGUGUUUUGUUUUGACAUGUGUAAACAGCAGCGUCGCCAUAUUGGAUUACUAACGCAUCGUCCGGACAACGACGACGACGACGACGACGAGCACGAAAACGAUUCUUUUUCAAAGCAGCGAAGCGUUAUUCGACGAGGAGGGAUUCGUCUGUCAGACAGGAUUUUUCAUGCCUGAUGGCGCGUGCUGGAACACAGCGUUGGAGAAAUCCCACAUCGGAAGGUGACGAUGUUCAACGGUCGAUUGAACUGCUGGACAAGGUACUCUCAGAGUACGACGAGAACGAGGCCGAGGGCGACGGAGGCGCCGGGAGCGGUGGAGGAAAUUGUGGAAGCAGCACAGAACCGAGUAUCGGCCUCACACCAGACGACGAAAGCCCAUCUCUAGGGCAUCAGUCCGAGGACGACGGGUACAUGAGUAUGAAUGGAAGAAAGGCGAAAAUGGCACUUGUAGCACUGCGUCCGGUUCCGGACUGCCCUGAACCACAGGACAACGGGGAAUCGUUCGUUUCCGAAUUUCCUCCACCACCGGAGGAAGCUGAACGUCUCAUAUCGACUCUACUUCCGAUGGUUUCACCGAGUAACUCGGCAAAGAGGAACUCGCAGUCGUCUUCCCGGAAGAACGGAAGACAACAAUGGAUGGCUGCCAUGGAAGAUCACAAACGGCACGGACACGUUGCUACGACGCAAACUACUCUGCCAAAGACUCGUCACCAGCGGCCAUACGGAUGGGAAAACGGUAUCGCGGAGCCGUUUCGUCUUGCGGAACCGCCGAGUCCGCCGAGUAAAUUCGCUAGUCUUCCGUACGACGGAAAAGUGUCCUUCAACUGGAUACCACCGCGGACGAAUCCCGGGGCGAUAGAAAAGCACCGGGAAGUGAGGCGUCGAUCGUCGGAGGAGGUUCUGAACCAGCAGCUGACGAACAAUCGGCACAACAUCCACCACGGUAGUCAGGACAAGGACCGGGCGUCGAUGUUGCGGAAACAACGACAAAACGAGAUAGUGAAAUCCAGCAGCGUCGAGGACAGACUUCUGAUGAACCGGAACAGAUCGGAAAGCGAGGCGAGACGCAGGAACAACUCGGACUCGAGCGAGGGAAGAUUUUCGAGGAACUCGGAGUCCGAGAGAUCCUCGAUACCCAGAUCAAGCUCCGUGAGCGUAGAGAGGUUCUCGGUCAGGGCGAAUUGUGAUUCCUCAGAUUUUUCACGCGCCAAUUCGACGUCCAACGAACGGUUUCACUCCGACUUCUCUAUAGCCGUUGCCAGCGUAAGUUCGAACGAUCACGCGUCCGUACCUACGUCGGAUCCGUUUUCCAUUAGGAAUUUGGACUUCUCAUUCUCCCUGCCAAGGGCCGAAUCGGCCGGCGACGAGAGGUUCUCGGGACGGACAUCGGACCGAUGCUCGGAUCAGGAGAGAUACUCGGACAUGUUCUCAACAAGGAACUCUGACUUCUCGACAAGGAAUUCUACCGACUUUAGAACUCAGUCAGAGGAGGAACAUUUCUCCGACGAUUCGCUCGAGGAACUUUUACCACCGCCACCUCCGAUCGGUAAGAGACACUCCAUCGCGUGGGAGGUCUCACUCGAAGAUGAUCCUCUUUACGCUCCGGGGAGCACUAAGGUCGUUGGUAGAAGACGAAGAAAAAGCAGCGACGUCUCCAGCGUCGGAUCCGCUUCUAAAAUGCGUGAUUUUGACGACUGGCCUGACCCACCGCUGUCAGCGACUGAGGAUGAUUUGGUAUCACCGUAUUCCGACUCUUCGACAAACGAUCUCGAUCAAAUACGCCCGCAGGAUCUUACCAAAAAUGGUACUUACGUUAUUAGACGAGGUCGUAAAAAGGAACGAAAACUCUUGCCCAAAACACCGACAAAAACGAAGAGUCUGUCAUUUGAUAACUGCGAGGAGGCUCGGCUUCCUGACGCAAAAAGAUACUCCAGUACCUUCGACAACAUCAAGAGUCUCCUUAAGGAAGGAAGACUGGAAGGACUGGACGAACCGCCGCCGGAUUUCACACCGCCGUUACCCCCGGAAUUAGUUAGGGUCGUCUCGUUGCCGGUGAUAAAUAACGAGUCGGGAAGUCGGGCACAAUUGGAAAUGACCGUAGAGGAGGAGGAGACGUCGUCCGAUAUAUCGGACAAGGAUAAAUCGGAGAUUAAGAAGAAAUCGUUGGGCGUCGGUAAUUUCGGUGGUGAAAUCAGACCCGUUCUGGUUACCCUGGACGCGUUGGAAACAGAUCAACGGUGCAACGGUCCGGCAUCCGCGAUAUCGAUGUCGAAAAGUAUGGACGCGAAAAUACCGGUGAAUCUGCUUAUUGAGGAUCAGAUAGUGAAGAAGGCGCUGAACGAGAAUAGAAGACAGUUGGAAAAAGUUAGCGAUGCUAUAAAGGAAAUUGAAAAUGUUAGGAACAGCGAGUCGUAUGAAAAGAGGCGAAGAAACGCCGCCGCUUCUUCAGACACUAAAUCUAAUUCGAAGCGUAACAGCUACGAGAGUAGUAACGAUGAUAAGAAAGUCAUCGACAAUCCCUUCGAUAAUAGACCGAGGAAACAGAAUAGUUCCGAUUCCGAGACGUCGAAGACUAGCUCGUCGGAAGCUGCGGAGUUCGAUCGUCGAAAAACAAAUGGCAGCGAUGUUUACAGUGCCGGAAGACGGAUCAGGCAGAAUGGUAACGAUCAGAAACAAAUCGAGAACGUGAUAGACGCCAUACUCGAGGAUUCCAAGAAUCCUGAAUUUCAGGUCAGCGUCGAAGUUCUCGAAUUUCCGCCGCUUCCUCCGUCUCCGGUCGAGGAAGCCGACGAGGAGAGCUCUGACGUGGGUGUCGGUGUCGGCGUCUCGGUGACAACCAAGUCCAGCAAAACUCUCGGAAACGGUAGCAGCAGCAACAGCAGCAACAACAACAUCAACAAGGCCAAGAGCCACGGUACCAAAACGGUCGACUAUCGACCCAGAGUUCCUCCUCAUCGCGCCGCAAUCGAUGCUAAGGAUGGCCACGUCUCGUCCCUUAAUACCAGGUCAAUGGACGCCGGAUUCUCCAGAGGAAGACGCACUGCCGCCGGUAGCGGAUCGAGGAGAGAGGUUCCUGUGGAGCGGAGAACUCUGCCCACCGAUUUGCCGGGUCCGUCGAGGCGGAGACCCUUUGCAAAGUGGCAUUCACCGUCCGCGGAACCGUCUUGUCCUUCCCCGAGUGCCGGAACGACGGUUUCCGGUAUGCAGACGUCGUGCUCCCUCCCGGAAACUCCGGUUUUCGCCAGAGGCAGCGACAUUCCUCGGACUCCGCAGCACGCCGGAAACCCUGGGCAACAAACGCGUCGUCAGCCCGGAUGGUACGCCCCAACGACCGCGACUACUGGGUACAGGAGAAACAACGUUGGCCUCGAACAGGCCAUAAUCGGUACGGAGCUGCUGAGACUGGCCGGAGGACCGAACAGAGGUUGGUAUCCUACGAGGAAGGGAAAUCAGCCGCGACCCGCGUCCAUCGAGCAUCUCGAAAGGCUGAACAACCUCUACGACGCUCGUUUGCCGGGAGGUGGAGAACAGCAGAGGAAGCCUCUUACUCUGCCGACGAACAUUACGCCAAAUAAAUACUUCGGCCAAAGUAAGCACAGCUCUGCCUCCAGCACCCGCGAAGCUUUACGGAGGGUCACUAGCUUGCUCAUCAAGAAAGGAGGUAACAGCAAGGACAACAAGGUAGCCAAGGAUAUCUCACCGUCGGGACAUUAUCCUGGGGGCGAAAGUAGCGACGCGCCGAAAAAGAAAGGCUUUUUCAAAAGCUUCUGGAAACGUUCGAGGCAUUAUUCUCUUGAAAACCAAUAGCCCAGGUGCGGCCGGUUGACGAGCCGUCAAACCAAUAAUAAUCUUCAUCAUCACCAUCGCGGCAGUGGACACGUCGCCAAUACCUCAACUACUCUCUCGAAUCCGUGCUGUUGCAUCGUACAGUAAAGGGGAAAGAAUUUCUCUCUGGCAUAGAGGAGAAUUGCGGCGAGAAGAUUCGAAUGAAAAACGUUGCCCAAUUUAUUAUUUCCCACGAUAAUUCCACGGUAUUUCUUAUUGUCAUAAUUACCGUUGUUGUUAUUAUUAUAACCAUCAUUAUUAUUGUUGUUGUCGUUAAAAUUGUGUCCCUUCUCGUCGCGGAAACACAAGUUUAGCGAAAUGUCACCCUUUCGUCAAAUUUCAACAACAAUUUAUACCGUCACGCGGUAUUGGUAAGGGCUAUUGUUGUUUGUUUUAUUUCUUCUUAUUUUUAAAUUCUUGUCAGAGAGAAGAGCGCCUUGGUGGUAAUAGGAAUAAUUUAUCGUGCUUUUUCUAACGCGAAAGUAAUGUACCUGUUUUUAUCCCCGCGAAGAACGCGAUUGCGGAGAAAGGUUUUAUUUAGGUUUUUAUCGCGUCUGCGAAUGUAAGCCGGUUCUUCGACUUUACGUAUAAUAUACUUUGGCAAUCGUCUUUCAGCCUUUUCAAAUUUCCUAACUCCUCCGUUCCUCGUAGGAAGUUUCUUGUAAACACCCACAUCGCAUUAUUCGGACAAAUGAGGGAGGCACUCGAUCGAUCUUAAACUGACGUGACUUGCAAGGUGUCUAUACAUCGGACCUUCUUCAAGAUACGGUGGAUACAAAUGUUGAGUUUCGUUUCUCUUCUAUUAUCUCGCCAUCGAUCCAUCUGUACUUAUCAUUAGAUCGGCUCAAAAUAUGCGAAAUUUACAAAUAUCGUAUUGUAUUCUUGUUGUGCCCUAAACGACGAACGGUGCAAGUGAACGGGAGUUUUUUUUAUACCUUUUUAUACCACGAACAAACGUCAAAUAUCUUACGAAUCGAUACGAUUUUUUAUAUUAUACAACACUGUUUAGAUAUUUUCGUCGUUUGUUUAUCUGCUUGACUUCUAUUUUACAUAAUAAUCCUACUGCUGGAUAUUAUUAAGGAUUUGAAAGAUUUAAUGAUUGUUAAAACUUCGAAAUCUAUCUUAUCAUUCGAAGCUUGAAGAAUAUGAAAGGAAAAGUUAGAAUUGCCAAAGGUUUUUAUGCCGAGCUAUCUUAUUCGGGGGGGGGGGGUGAAGGAAAGAUUUUUGUCUUUUGGGAUGACAUUUUGUUUUCAUUUACGUGAGUAUUAACGCUAUACCGAAUUAUAUAUUGUAUCUAUGGUAAUGUGAUGAAAUAGAAAAUAUUGAAAGUGUUCUAAACUGCAAAGUUAGUAAUCACCUUCUUACAUAAUUAUACUGACGCAAAUCGAAUUUAAUAUCGCAUUUGCAUAAAAUGUCGCGAGUGCGUUAUAAUGUUGUAUAUUAAAUCACGAUGUACUGCAGUUUUUUCUCCCCCUUCUUUUUCGUGUAUACAAACCGAAAGAUUUAACAAGAUUGCGACAAUUUCUACAAAAAUGUCGCACGUAUUAAAGAUCGUUACCAUGCUAGAGAAGAAAAAAAGUUGGAUCAGGUAAUUGAUCGACCGAUUUUGAAGAAUAAAUGAAUUCUCGUUUCUAUCUUUUUUUUUUUUCAAACUGUAAUAAAAUAAAGCAAACGAAUGAUCUAAAAAUUAUACGGUGUGAUGGAAAAAAGUAUUAAUACAAAUUUCAACUUGAUGUUUUCCGUUGUGUAAUACCUUUUUUCCUCAACACUCACCGUCACCGUGAACCUAGUAAAAAGUUGGCGUAAAAUGAUUCUGAAUCACUCUAAGUUGCGGUGAAAUUUUCGCAAAGAAUCUAAUCCAAAUUUUUUCUAAGAUAUUUCUAUUCAUUUUCGUAUUUUUUUUUUCUUUGUAAUUAAUAACUCGUACAAGUGAAUAUAUACUUGCGGUGUAUUAUAUAUAUAUUUGUAUAGGAUACGUUUAACGGAGAUAUAGACGCGUAUAAUAUGUGAAUGUAUAUAUAUAUGUGUAUAUAUAUAUAUAUAUAUAUAUAUACAUAUAUACAUACAUACAUGUAUAUAUAUAUAUAUUAUACGUAGAAUACGUGAAAUAUUUAAUAUAUAUACACGAAUAUGGACGAAUGAAGAGAGCGUUAUUAACGAUAAUAUAUAUCUAUAUUGAUAUUAUUAUGAUAUAUAAGUUGAUAGAAUCAUUAACAUGUUGUAAUAUUACUAAUGAACAAUAUGGUACAUUAUAUAAUAAAUUAUAAUACAAUAUUCAGUAUAACGCAAUGAAAUAUGACGAUACAAUGACGUGCGAGAUUUAAAGUUACAACGUUACAUACGACAUACUUAAUAUAGAUUUAAUGAAUUAAUUGCUGAAUUAAUCGAUUAUCUAUUAUACAUACGCUCGUGAAAUUGCUCGUAUAAGCGUAUUAAGGAGAUGUAUAUCAUGUUGCAUUAAAUCAUUGACAUAGGCUCUGCACUGCUGAAGGAACGAAUAGAGGUGGUGGUGUGACGCUGGCACCAAUCACCUUGAUAUCUUUAGCACGCGCGCUAAAAUCUAAAUCGUAGGUAUAUUUAUUUACAUACCAUACAUAUACACAUAUUACACAUACAAAUUUGAAUACUAAAAACCAUUGAAUAUUAAAUAUUAAAUACCAAAUACUAAUCGAUAAUCGAUAUAUACGUAUAAGACAUGUGUGCAUAUUAUAUGUGUACGUAUAACGCAUGUACGCUGCGGAGUGUUUCAGAAUUAUACGAAACCAGUUGGUGUCAUUUUUUCUGUUUUUGCCGUGUGUACAACGGAUAAUUCAAAUCCUUUUUUUUUUUUUUUAUUCAAGUAUAGAAUUUGUUUUACCGGAUCAUUUCUCGUCAGACAUUUCAAAUGAAAUUAAAUUACCGGUCACAUGUAACACGUGAUAUGUAUAAUUCGGAAAAAUUUCACAUCCACGCAUUAUAUGUAUGUAUAUAGGAGGUAAGUUACGAUUUUGUCUAGUUAUUUAUACCGCGCUCAUUGCAAAAUGUUAUCCGCGAAUUACGUGUGUAUGUUACAUUAUACAUACACUUUUACCGUAAUACAUUUAUCUAUUAUUAUCAUCUGAACAUUCCGUCGUCCCGUUUAUGGUAAUUUAUUAUCUGUGUAUAUAAUUCCUUGACCCGAUUUCUCAAUUUUGGUUUUUUUUUUUUUUCUUUCUCUUCAAUUUUCUUCAUGCAUCCUCAUCAAUACAUAACUUUCGCGCAGUAAUAUUAUAUUAUUUUCGUUUUAAUUGGUCGAAUGCAGUAAAACAACCGUGAUGAAGAUUAGACUUCGUAUAUUACAAUUCAUAUUACGUUAUUACGAACUUCGAACAAUUUAAAUACGUGAAAUAUACCCACCUAUUUUCUAAAAUUCCAAAUGAUCAAUUUUAUAUUUUACGCGCGUAUGAGAAUAAAUGUGUUGUUAUAUUUGUAUUUUUUUUUUUUUUCAAUUUUUUCAUAAAUUUGCACUUUGCAAACUCAUAAUCUACUCACUGUGUAGUCAACUUGAAAACAGCUUUGAAAUUUUAAUCUGUACUGCGCCACGUACUUUCAUUAACACAACGCUUACUUUCGUAACAUUCGUUACUUCCACUAAUUGCGAAUAUACUGUCUCGGAAUUAAACAUUAUACAUUCAAGGUAAAUAGCUAAAUACCAAAGUGAUUUUUAUGAAUUAUUGACACUUAUUCUAUUAGUAUUAUAUUAUUAUUUUUGUUCAUUUUUCGCUAUUGUUGUUGCUAGCCAACUCUUACUUCAUUAAAUUAAUUCCAAUCGUUAUAAUUACUGUUAUGCUUUAUUAAGUUCUUUUUUAAAUCCAAAUUCAGUUGAAUUUAUCCAAUGGGCAUUACGAUUAAAUAGUUUUUCGAGUUUACUAUUUUUUGUCAACAAUGAGAUAAUUAUCCGGAAACUGGAGAAGUAGCUCGUACAACUUUGCCGAUGUACUAGAUCGAUACAUCAGUUUUAGAGUAAACUUCAGUCAAGUAUAUAAAUGCAAAUAGGUACAACGUGAAUUGCAUAAUACGCCGAAAGAUUUUCAUUUAAGAAUUGUGUACUUAUAUGCUGCGUGUAUUCUAUUAAGAUUGAAUUACAGUAUAGAAUUUUUCGCAAACUUUUGUCAUCUAUUCAAAUUUCCAAAUGAAAUCCAAAGAAACAAAACAAGAAGCAAAGUUUAAUAUUACACACAUGCUAAAGGCUGCCGAAACGCGAAGAGAGAAAAUAAUAGCAACAACUUGAAAAACGACUUGUUUAUUUUCAGGGGGGAAAAUUGUCAUUGAAAAACGCUGCUCCGAUUUCAGGCGACACGAUAGCAAAAGAGAGAGAAAUUUUAUUGAGCUCAUUCUUGUUACCUAUUUAAAAAAUCACAAUCGUCGUGUUAUAGUAUAUAGAAUACCUCAAAUAGUAGCCAAUUCAAAAUCACCUUCACUACAUGCCUUAUAAAUAAAUACUAUAUAUUUAAUCCACGUAUCAUACAUUAGAAUAACCUAUAGACAUCAUCUAUAAUUCUUCCUAGAUACUAAACACCGUUUCAGCCUCAGGUUGUAGAUCAAAUGAAAAAAAUAAAUAAAUAAAGACAAAAACAUUAGAUGAGAGGGGGGAAAAACGAAAGAAAAUCAUUCACAAUGAUUCUUGACACGAUAUACUUGCAUAACAAAUCUUAAUUAUUAUAGAUCCUAGGUAUUUAUGGUUGUAAUAUAGAAUGCAUACAAUUUAUUUUCGAAGUUAUUCGAAUAAUUUUCUUCACACAUGUAGCUAAACUUUAUCAUCGGCAUUUACAAACCACGCGAUAACCACUCUAAUGUAUAUUUAAUAUUAUGCGAAAAUAGUUUGUAUAAUCAUUGUUUACAAUUCGAAGAGAAACAAAAUUACUUUGCA